AUGGCCGGUCCAUCCAAGAAACGCGCUCAGACCGAGAGGACUGCUACGACAGCUUCUUCGACGACGUCUCGCGACCCGACGCAGCGCUCUAUCCAGUCCAUCCCCAAGAACGAUGGCAAUCGCGAUCCUGGCAUCUCCAGAGGUGCCCCAGUGGAUUACAGCAAGCCCACCUCACUCAAGAACAUCUCCGAGUUUCUCGGUCUUGCUGGUUGGUACACGGCUCGUGGCAUGAGCAUUCCCGAUACGUUGCCUCAGCGCCCGAAGAACUUCAACAUCUAUGGAAAGGAGUGUGCCAUUACGUUGAACACCUUCAACGUCGCCAAGGCCCCGUCUACAGUCGUUCAUCAAUACGAUAUUGCCUGGGGUGGUGAGACCGAUCCCACCAAGCGCGUCCUUAUCAAGAAGAUCUGGUACUCCAAGGCUGUCAAGGCCGCCCUCGGUGAGCCCAAGAACCUUUGGGUUUACGAUGGCAACAAGCUUGCUUGGUCCGGAAAGCGUCUUGAGCGUGACGAGACCCGCAUCGUCGUUGACCUUGACGAAGAACAGGGUCGCCCCGCUCGUGAGGGGAAGACCAACACCCACACUGUCUACCUUCGAUGGACUCGCCAGGUCGACUUCUCCGGCCUCAACGCCUUCCUCAACGGACAAGCGGCAUGGUCGCACGAGUGUAUCGACACUAUCAACUUCCUCGAUCAUGUCAUGCGCGAAUGGCCAUCCCAGAAUUACACUCAAAUCAAGAAGUCGUUCUUCCAGCGCGGCGAGCAGCGCUUCGAUCUCGGAGGCGGUAUUGAGGCUUUCAAGGGUGUCUUCGCCUCCCUUCGACCUGUCCUCGACGACAAGUUCCAGAAGUCCUUGUCCGUCAACGUCGAUGUCGCCAACGGCACCUUCUGGCGCGCUCAAGAACUCACUCGCGCUGUUGGACAAGUCUUUAACUGUGGUCCUCCUCAGUUUGCCCAGCGUUUCAAGGAAGCGAAGCGCGACUGGAAGAACUCACAUCUUCGAAAGGACCUCCGGCGAUUCAGGCGUGUAGGCGUCUCUGCUACUCAUGUCAACCCACACACGCAAUGGACUAUUGAUGAUAUCGCUGACAAGGACGCGAUGGAGUGCACGUUCCCCGAUCCAGACGACCGCCGCCCCAAUCUGAAGGACAAUCAGCGCAAGCAGAUAUCCAUUUACCAGUAUUUCAAGACCAAGUACAACAUCAACUGCACGCCUGGAAUUCCUGUCGUCCGCAUGACCAAGAAGAUUCGCGGGUCGAAUGUUCACUUGCCUAUGGAUGUCCUCAAGAUCGAUGCUAACCAGCGAUACAACACCAAGUUGAGCGACACCCAGACCUCUUCUAUGAUCAAGUUUGCCGUCACCCUUCCCAAGGAGCGUUGGGCUGCUGUUCAACAUGGUGUUCGUCUUCUCAACUGGGCCAACGACCCUUACCUCCGCCAUUAUGGUCUACAGGUCAACACUACCCCUGCCAAGGUCAAGGCUCGUGUUCUGCCGUCUCCUGUGGUGCACUUUGGUGCCGGUUCCAAGGAAGCUACCAUUAAGCCUCAGGAUCUUACACAAGGCCGAUGGCGACUCGAUGGCAGGAAGUUCGCCAUGAACAACAAGGAUCGUCCAUUGAAGGGUUGGGGUGUUUGCUGCAUCCAGGGUCGUGGUAGCCCGCCCCAACAGGCGGUCGAACAGUUCUUCCAGAAGUUUGUUCAGAUUUACGAGAGCCACGGCGGGUUGGUCAUGGCUCACCCUCAGCAUGGCAAGAAGCCUUGGAUGGGCCCUGGCAACUUGAACGAUGCAGGAGAGAUGAUCCAGAAGGUCUGGCAACAGACUGGCAACCGUUACGCAUCUCCUCCGAUGUUUCUCUUCUUCAUUGUCAACGACCGCAACAUUGACGUAUACCGCCGUAUCAAGAAGGGAUGCGAUAUCCGCUUCGGUGUUGCCUCUCAAGUGCUCCAGUCCAAGCAUGUCAUGACUGCUUCGCCGCAGUACAUCUCCAACGUCUGCAUGAAGGUCAACGCGAAGCUCGGUGGGGCUACAUGUGUUGCGAAGUCUCAGCUCAUUCCCAAGAUCGCCCCGAAGCACGCAUCUACCCCAACCAUGGUCGUUGGUGCUGAUGUCUCCCAUCCUGCUCCUGGUGCUGCAUCUGGUGAAGCUGCUUCCUUUGCUGCCAUCACUGUAUCAGCCGACGUUCACUUUGCCAAGUACUGGGCCGAAGUCCAGACCAACGGUAACCGCGUUGAGAUGGUCACUACUUCUAACAUCGAAGAGCACUUUGGUUUUAUGGCCAAGAACUGGAUGCAGCGCAUCGGUCAGGGCCAAGCUCCGAAGCGCGUUCUUUACAUCCGCGAUGGCGUUUCAGAGGGACAAUAUGCUGCCGUUUUGGAAGAAGAGGUGCGCGAUAUGAAGGAGUGCUUCAGGAAGCUCGGUUGCAAGGUGCUACCUGCGUUCACCGUCGUCAUUGCCGGCAAGCGUCACCACAUUCGCUUCUUCCCUGAUCAAGGUAAGGGUGACCGCAACGGCAACCCUCUUCCUGGUACCCUGGUAGAGUCCGGCUGCACCCAUCCCUUCGAGUUCGACUUCUACCUGUGCGCUCAUGUAGCCAUCAAGGGAACUGCUCGCCCGAUCCAUUACCAGUGCAUUCUGAACGAGGGUAACUGGCUGUCUGCCGAGCUCCAGCAGUUCAUUUUCGAGCAUUCUUACCAAUAUGUCCGCUCCACCACUCCGGUCUCUCUCCACCCGGCGGUCUACUACGCUCACUUGGCUGCCGACCGCUCUCGAGCCCACUUGAACGAUAGCCCCGUCUCUUCUGGCAAGAAGGAGGCCAAGGCCGAUCAGCAGUCUUCCACUGGAUCUUCCAGCAAGAAGACCGAGAUCUCUCCGCUCCUUGCGAUCCAAAACGCUCGUGGAUUGAAGGACGUCAUGUGGUUCAUUUGA